AUGUCGAUUUGAGUGACAUUUUUUUUUUGAUGUGUUGGUUGAUCGUUGCAUCGUUUCGUUUGUACUUUGUUUUAUACCAUUAUUAUAUUUUUCUGACGAAUUUUGCUGUCUACCGGUUUUUGAUAUUUCUACAAUAAUCUUCUCGACCCUGGCUUGUUAUAACGGACUUGAUACUGCUACCUGACUGACAAUUACCUUUUGCAAAUUCUACCUGUUUACCGAUCCUGCCUUUGUUUUCGACCCUUGCCUGUUUAUGGACCCCGACUGCGCUAGAAUAGAAAAAAAAAGCCUCCCCACACCGAAUACGAAAAGCAACUCUUAAUAGAGUUGGUGCAACCACUUGUAACAACACUAGAUUGUAGAAAGACUGACGGCGUUACUGUGAAGAAGAAGCAUGAGGCUUGGGAGAAACUCACAGUAGAAUUCAAUAGCUCUCGUAAUAUAACCCAUCCGGUUACUUCAAAACAACUUAAGAAGAUGUGGCAACAUCUGAAAUCAAAAGCAAGAGAUGCAAAAACAAUUGCCAACUAGUCCCAAAAUACUGGAGGAGGCCCACAACCACCUGAAAUAGGGGCACUAGAAAGUCAAGUUUUGGCCGUUAUGCCAAAUUUCAUGCCAACAAUCGCUGUGGAUAUUGAUAGCGACAUGAUGUAUGUGGAAGACCAUGAAACUGAAGCAGACGAUGACAGUUCUGCUUGGCUUCCCAUAAAAAACAGGGUGACAGAGCUGGAAGUUAUCCCAGCACAGUCUAGCCAAAACAAUGUCGAACAGCCAUCGGCCUCAAGUCAAGAGCCUGCUUCCUCGACUAUUGCAACACAACACAUAAGAGGGUCAAGCAAAAGGAAAGGACAUGAGGAAGCGGAAACUCUUGAUGAUGUAAGAAAAAAAAUUUACAAGAGGGAGCUCCAGCAUAUGGAAGAGAGAUUUGAGUUGGAGAAGAAAUUGUUAUUAGAAAAACAUCAUAAGGAAAUUGAAAUCCUAGAAAUAAAAAAGCUUAUAGCACUAAAGGAAUUAAAUAAAUAAUUAUUUCUUGAAAAUUA